AAAAAAAAAAAUAAUAAUUCAAAUCAUUUAAUUAAAUAUUUCUAUUUAUAUAACUAAAAAAUAAUAAAAUAAUAUUAUAUAGAAAUAAAAUAAUAAAACAGUAAAAUUAAAAUAGUAGCAUAAAUAUUGUAAUAUUAUAAAUAUAAAAUUUAAUUAAAUGGCGAAACUAUUAUAUUUGUUUUUAAUAGGUUUUUGCCUCUGCUUAGCAACAGGUGCUUCGACCGAAUAUAGACUUACUCAAUCUGAAGUCGAUAAAUCAUUAUCAAAUUCAGUUACAACCGGUGGUCAUGUCUUCUGGGUUAAAGAUAAUUAUGGUGGUUUAUUCUAUGGUUAUCAAGAAUGGAAUUUUGAUCAAGAUUCUGGAAAAGCUAUAAUUGACGGUGAUUCUCUUACUAUUACUGGUAAAAUUUUACCACGUAAUCACCCAGAAGCAUGUCAAAGAUAUGAUGUUAACAUUAAAUUUGUUAAAUCAUAUGUCUCACCAAUAGGUCCAAACUUAGAAUUAGCUGAUAAUGCUUAUCUUGGUCAAGGUGGUUACAUUGAUCCAUCAAAAUGGGCUUACUAUAAAUUUGUUGAAGGUGCCUUAUCUGGUAGCGGCUGUAAUUCUAAAGAUAGAAUUCAAUUCACUGGUACUGAAGAAAAUAUGCCAUUACAAUUCGGUUAUGGUGCUAAUGGUAAAAACGGUGCUAAUGGUAUCUCUGUUUGGUUAACUUUCGGUGGAAUUGUCGUUGAUAUUAAUGUUGAUAUCAGUCCAGAAAAUCAACCAACUAUUUCCCCAACUCAACCACCAACAUAUCCACCAACUCACCCACCAACAUAUCCACCAACUCAACCACCCGUAUUAGACUGUUCUACACUCGAAUGUCCAGAAGGUUAUGAAUGUGUCUUUGAACACGGUGUUCGUAAAUGUGUCGAAAAAACUCAUCCAACCCAUCCACCACACAAAGCCUGUGAUAAAUUUAAAUGUCCACCAAAAUUCAAAUGUGUAUAUGAUGAAAAAGAAAAUGUUGCCAAAUGUGUAAAGGAACAUCACCAUGAACAUCAUAAUCCAUGUGAAAAAAAGAAAUGCCCACCACACCAUUAUUGUAAAUGUGAUCCAUCAACCCACGGUAAACCAAAAUGUGUUCCAUUCAGAAGACCACACUCAUCACCACCACCACACCACAAACCAUCAUUUGGUGAAAAUGAACACAACAAAAUUAGACAAAACAAAUGUGGUCCACAUAGCUGUCCACCAGGUGAAAAAUGUAUCUGUGUCCACGGUAGAAUCUAUUGUAUCCCAAGAACCACCUGUGCCUCAGUUCGUUGCCCACCAGGAUAUCACUGUGAAACUGCCAGAGACAGACAUAAGACCGUAUUCUGUGUUCCAGAUUGUCCAAGAAUCUCAUGUUCAAACGUAGGUUGUCCACUUGGUCACAGAUGUAGAGAAAGAUUUGGUAAAGCUAUUUGUAUCAGAGUUGGUAAAAAAGAAGACUGGAACCCACGUCCAACUGAAAGACCAUCAAUUCAACCAAGAACACCAUUAAUCAAUGGUUUAGCUGAUUUGGGUUAUAACGAAAACUCUGUUGAGGCUCUUAUCAAUCAAUACGAAUCUCGUCAAUCUAAUAACAGAUUCGGUGGUAAUAACAGAGAAGGUAGAUUCUCUCAUCAUCGUGAAAACCAAUGGGAAGGUGAUAACAAAUGGGAAAAUGAUAACAAAUGGGAAAAUGACAACAAAUGGGAGAAUGAUAACAAAUGGGAGAAUGACAACAAAUGGGAAAAUGAUAACAAAUGGGAAGAUGAUAACAAAUGGGAAAAUGAAUAUGAUAACAAGAGAUGGGGUAAUGACAACAGAUGGGAAGAAGAAAAUGAAAACAAUGGUAGAUACAACAACCAACGUGAAAACAACAAUCAAUUAUUUGAAGAUGUUCAAGCCGGUGAUGACUACUAUGACGGUGCCCAAAUAGGUUUUGGAGAUGGAGGUUUCUAAACGAUAUUUUAAAUCUUUAAAAUAAUUAAAAUAAUUUAAAAAAUAUUAAAUAUUUAAUUUAAAAAUAACAUUUUUAUUCAAAAAAAAAAAAACAUAAAAAAAAAAAAUCUAAAAAAUAAAUAAAAGUAACAUUAUAUUAAUAUAAAAAUAUUA